AUGUGCGAUGCACAUGCAGGGUCACAGGUGAACCUCGAUGACAACGGUGAUGAAUUUAAGUCUAACUGUUCAUUGGCGGCACAGACUGAAGUUGAGCCGACUGUGGAUGCCGCCCAAUGUGAGAUACCUCUGGAUCGUCUGAAAGGCAUGUCGCCACAACAACAGAUCUCGCUGCUGCAAGAAUGCCUCAGUGAUUACCGGUGGCAACUGGAGAACGAGAACAUCAUCCUCACCAAGUUGAAUGA